AUGUUUAGAGCUGGAAUUCGGUCCUUUCUAGGGCAUUCGGUUAAAAGAAGUACAGCUAUUUCCAACACAAGAGUAUUUGUCCGAUUCCAAUCGAGUUCUUCAAACUCUUCACAGCCUGCUAGUGCUACAUUGGCUAAAAAGAAACUGGCUUUAUUGGAACAACAGCGCCAGAGUAAAGAUGUUCAAGAGAACUUGCUGCAAGACUCUGAGGAUCAUAAAGAAACGGAAUCCCAAAAUGCUGAGCAUCAACAACAACAACAGCAGCAUCAACAAAAAAUGCAACAGCACGAGUAUCUGAUGUUACCCCAGCUUCAGCAAAGAAAGAUAAGAAAGGGAUUCAGCUCUGUUAUCAAAGUUCCAAGUACAAUAUCAAUCAAACCAAAGGAUCUACUUCUGGACAAUCUAUUUCAAGGUUACAGACCUCUAACGCUUCCGUUGGUACCACCACCGUUGUCCAAGAGACCUACUGUGGUGUAUUUUGAAUUUGAUGAUAAUUUGGACCUUUUAGAAAACGGGCUUAACGAGAUAGCCAGCGGUUCCAGCGGUUCCAACAAUAAUAAUGGAAAUUUGCGGGAUCCUGAAGACAUUUUGAAGGAUAAAAAUUUAACGAGAUAUCAAUAUUCAAAUUACAGUUUCAACAAGGACGAAUAUUCAGGGCCAGAUGAUCUGUUUGGGAUCAACAAAUCAUUUAGUGAUCACGUAAGCAAAGCUUCACAAGAUAAGUUGGCCAAGCGCUUUAACGAUUCCUACAAGAUGAGUAAGAGAAUAGCUGGACGUCGCCGUAUGCAAUAUGUGCAUAAAAAGCAUAAAGUAAGGAAGUGA